UCAGCAAUUGCUCUUGGAAUCAACAUGCACAAUGUGGAUGACAAGACCGACGCCGUAUCCAGAGAGUCCCAGUACCGUCUUUGGUGUUCAAUAUCCAUGCUCGAGCAUUCCCUCACGACUAUGACCGGCAGGGCCUCAAGCUUGGAUGAAUCGUUCUCUGUACAUGCGCCUAUCCCGUUCACUGAAGGCUCGUUCUCAGACAGUCCCGCGUCUUCUUCUUUUAGUAAUGAAUCGGAGCGCGAGAAGAUCGCAAACUGAACUUUAUUCGAAACCGAGCUACAGACAAAAAGCCGGACUCUGCGACUCCAGUUUAUCAAACCAAAACCGUCACUCUACUUUGCCUAUCAAAUGGACCUGUCACUAGUCGCCAGUACCAUCACCAGUCGUAUCUACGGGGUCCAUGCCCUGCGGGACGGAUGGGACCAGGUAGAAAACGCAAUCAAACUAUACUCCCAAAAGCUGAACAAAUGGGUAUCUACUAUCAAAACUUUAUUUGCUUUCUCUGAUAACGAUGGAGAGCUGCCCCGCGGCCCUUCAUCACGCGAACAAGCCAGCCUGGCCCUGCACUUCUACAGCACUUGCAUCCUCAUAAAUCGCCCAUGUCUCUCACGCCCUGGACUCAGAGAGCACAGUGGCAUCCGGUUUCCUAGGAGUCGUUUCGGGAACGAUACAGCACUCACCUGUGUCCGCUCCGCACUUUUACUCCUUGCCGUCCUACCAGACGAGCCCGAUGAGGAAUGGUUCUAUACAGUAUCACCAUGGUGGACGAUGCUACAUUUCAUCAUGCAAGAAACAAGAGUCCUCCUCAUCCAUCUCACCGUGGGCCCCGUGCUCGUAAGAACAGAACAAGGCCACGAAGAACAACCCAAAGGAUCCCCACACCCCACCGACAUAGUCCUCCCUAGCUGCAAAAAAGCUCCCCGCUGGCUCCACCACAUAAUGAAUCAUGAUCUCGCCUGUAAACGUGGCUUCAAUAUUUCCGUCAGUUUCCUCCGUCGCGUUACAUCGUCCAGGAACCUCGAUUUCGAAGGCGUGCCGCUUCCAGUGCCCUUGCUGCUGGAUGAGUCGAGUGGUUCUUGAAGGUCAUCUACCACACAGCCGGCUUCUGCGAGUUCGAGCCAUGAGGGUUUUGGAAGUAACUCGACGACUCCUAUGUCUGGAACGGCGUGGCCGAGGGAAUUGUUUCCACCGAGUCUUGUGCAAGAGCCGGAUAUGGCUUGGUUAUUUUCUAUUGCUGAUUUACCAGAGCCGCACAGGACAUGAUGAUAAUGACUUUCUAUCACAGAUACGACAUUAUUCGAACCAUCAGAUCAGACUGAACUGAAUAUCGCAAUAACCCCCAUCUACAACAAAACCCAGCAGGCGCCAGGUACCCGAACAAGACUGCGUUUUAUAAGAGCAUGGCUGGAACACUCAUUAUUCAUCUGCCAUAUGCCAUACCAUCUGUCCUGAGCCCUGGAUGGGGCUUCAAGUAAAACGCUAAUUUUUCAAUCUUUACUUGGAACAGUU